CAGGGCUUCAGGUGAAGCAGUCGGCUGGGUAGGGCAUUCAAAAGCGUCGCUGCAAGCUGCAAAGCCGCUACCACAACCUCUGCUCUCUGCUACUGGUACCUACAGUCACAGGAAGUCAGUUCAUCACUGCUUGAUGCCCACUUUGAUCUCGUUUUCUCCAACGACUCAUAGCAGAACUCAUAAAUCGAUACCAUCUCCCCACAAGUUUCGGUGUCCUCUGUUGAAAAGCACUUCUAUCAAUUUCAAGCGCAAUGGUAAUGGCAACAGCCGCAGCUGGACUCCGAGAGCAUUCCACAUUUCACAUUAUCAAGAAAGGAAUGAGCGACGCAACCAGCCCCAACCGAUCUUCCCCUACCUCCGCCCACGAUGGCCUUGGUCUGCAAUCCGUCUUGGAGGCCGAAGCCAGUCUCCACCGAGCCACUGCAGUCGCCAGGGCCACUGCUGCCUCAAGAUCCGCUCAAGGCCUCCCUUCCAGCCUUGGCAGCUCCCUUCGAACCUCUGCUUUCAGCCCUCGCGAUCAGCUAUUGGCGUCCAUGCCUCCUUCUCUCCGAGCCUCCCAGAGUCUAGACUUGUCUGCCCCCAGGCUCAGAGCGGCGCAAAGCCUUGACCUGGGCCCACCUUCGUUGUCCCGUGGAACCAGCCUUAGUGCAGCGCCUCCUUCAUUGACCCGUGGUACCAGCCUCAGUGCAGCACCACCUUCAUUGACCCGUGGAACUAGCCUAAGUGCUGCUAUGCCUCCUUCCUUAACAAGGGGCGCCAGCCUCACUGCUUGUCCUCCUUCCUUAACAAGAGGCACCAGUCUCUCUGGUGUUCCUUCUUUGACAAGGGGUACCAGCCUCACUGCUGGACCUCCGUCUUUGACUAGAGGCACAAGCCUCACUGCUGGACCUCCUUCCUUGAACAGAGGCACAAGCCUCGAGCUUGCGGCUGCACGACGUGCAGCCUUGGGUGCUGCUGCAUACCCUUCCAUGUACGAUCCUCGCCGUCGGUUCCUUUUGGCACAGCAUGCAGCUGGCGUUUUCCCUGGAGGUCCCUUUGGAUCCAACUUUUUGGGUGCUGGGCCAGCAACCACUGGACCUUGGAGGAACUUACCCAAUGAGGGGGUAUCUGGUCAGGGUCUGGAGAUGUUGCGUGCUGCCAGUCUUUCUUUGCCCAACCGGAUGGGGGCUGUUGCCGGUAUGCCUCCGCCUAGCAAUGCUGCUGCAAUGACUGCUUCUGCUACCAUGGGUUCGCCUGCUGGUCUUGGAGCAGGCGCCUCCUUGGCAGCAGCUGCCAAGUCUCCAGGCUUUUCUCCUGAAGCCAAGGAGAGCCGAAAGAGAAAGUCCAAGGACGACGAUAGCUCCGACGACGAAAGCGCGGGCAAGGUCUUCAUUCCUGAGAUUCGAGAUCUGGACAUCUUGUGUGGCCGUGGUGGAAAGAGCAACCAUCACUUCGGCAACAAGAGAUAUCGCCAAGUCGUCAGUGAAAUGAAGAUGAUGUACAGAAGCACUGAAGCCAAGACUGUCAAAACUGAUUUGAGCCGUGCGAUUGUGGAUCAUGUGUGCAGUUAUGGGGGAAGAUUUGUCAAAAAGGAUGAUGCCACCGGAAAGUACUACCUGUUGACCAAGGCUGAAGCCAGGAAGAAGACUAGCCAGGCUUUGCGUGAGACAAAGGCGCUUAAAUGGACCAUGUGAGCGGGAUGAUUGCUACGAACGAAAGCAAACUAACUGUACACAACAAUAGAAGUAGCCACAAAAGCCAGAUCAGACGACUGGUCGGGCAAAAAGAGAGAGAGAUCGCUGGAUACACCCCCUGGGACGAGAUGGUGUAAGGGCUGCGCCGGAUGGGACCUCCAUCCAUCCAACGAGGCGAAGCGACGACUCUUUCUUUGCGAGGGCUUUUGGUCCACUUCCUUCGGGGCCUCUUUUUGAACAGACUCAUUAUAACGCAUAAAUUCUAUAAUACUACCAGGACUUGU